GCUAGUGAGCUUUAAGCACCCAGAACAUGAUGGAUCCAAAGUCUACUGCCUUGUUCUUCAUCUUCUUGAUUUGCAUGGUAAUUGCGUUGCCACCAGUUCAAGCUUGUGCCCCUUGUACUCAACCUCAUCCACCAAUACCACCUAAACAUCAUCCAGGCCAUUCCAAAAUUCCUCCCCACCCUAAACACCCACCACACCACGGAGGUGGAGGCGGCGGAGGAGGAGGAGGAGGUGGUGGUGGUGGCGGAGGCGGAAGUGGUGGUCACCCGAAAGUUCCCCCGCCAUACAAAAACCCGCCAGUUGUAUCUCCCCCAAUUAUAACACCCCCUAUUAAUAAACCUCCGGUGACAAACCCACCUUACAUCCCUCCUCCAACGCCUCCUUGUGCCGGAUGCGGUGGAGGAGGUGGCUCGGGUAAACAUCCUCCGCCUUCUACUACACCGACUACUUGUCCUAUUGAUGCGCUCAAGUUAGGGCUUUGUGUGGAUGUACUUGGUGGAUUGGUGCAUAUAGGGUUGGGGAAUCCAGUUGAGAAUGCUUGCUGUCCGGUCCUCCAAGGGUUGCUUGAGCUUGAAGCAGCGAUUUGUCUGUGCACGACUAUAAGGCUUAAGCUGCUAAACCUAAACAUCUUUAUUCCUCUUGCUCUUCAAGCUUUAAUCACUUGCGGCAUAACUCCUCCUCCUGGUUUCGUAUGUCCUCCGCUUUAAGUGUAAUGGGUACGAGUGCUACUUCAAUGGUGUUAACUUGGAGUUAACAUUUCUAGCUAGCUAGGUUAAUUAGUUAAUUAGAUGCUCUUUGUAGACAUGCAUCUCGAUCUUCAAUUUGCGCGCUAUGUACCUUUCUUGGGCUGAUAAUAAGCUACAUUUCAAGUUGUAUUCUGUUUCUGAUCAAACAAAAAGUUGUAUUCUGUUUAAUUAUUUAUAGUUUACUAAAAAUUAUCUCUG